CCAUUGCUUCUCAGGGAAGAGCAAUUGUUCAUCACAAAUCCAAAUCUUCCCUUCUUCCGUUUUACGAUCCCCCACCAGCCAAAAAUGGGCUCAAUUUCACCCGACUUCACUCCAACCACCCAAACAAACAUCUUCCGUUCCAAACUUCCGGCCAUCGACAUCCCCGACCACCUCCCCCUCCAUGACUACUGCUUCCAAAAGCUCCCCGAGAUCGCUGACCGCACCUGUGGCUCCACCGGCUCCAUUCUCUCCUACUCCGACGUCCACCUCCUCUCCCGCCGCUCGGCCGCUGGUCUCCACCGCCUCGGCAUCCGUCAAGGAGACGUUAUAAUGAUUCUCCUACCCAACUCCCCUUUUUUUGCCUUCGCUUUCCUCGGCGCCUCCUUUCUAGGCGCCAUGUCCACCACUGCCAACCCCUUCUACACUCCAUCCGAAGUCCACAAACAAGCCAAAUCCUCCGGCGCAAAGCUUGUUGGUGGAGAAGUCCAGAGUUACGGUCGCGCCGUUUGUGCCGCCGAUAGUAGCAGAGAUGGCGAAGAGUGAGGCCGUGGAUGGUUAUGACUUGUCGUCGGUGAGGAUGGUGAUGUCUGGAGCGGCGCCGAUGGGUAAGGAUUUGCAGGAUACGCUUACGGCUAAGCUUCCUAAAGCCAAGCUGGGACAGGGCUAUGGGAUGACAGAAGCCGGUCCGGUUCUCUCCAUGUGUUUGGCUUUUGCUAAGCAGCCAUUCCAGUACAAGUCAGGUUCAUGCGGCACCGUUGUUAGAAACGCUGAGCUGAAAAUAAUAGACCCUGAAACAGGCGCCUCAUUGCCUCGCAACCAACCUGGAGAAAUCUGCAUCAAGGGAAAGCAGAUCAUGAAAGGGUAUUUGAAUGAUGUGGAAUCCACAGAAGGGACAAUUGACAAAGAGGGCUGGUUGCACACAGGAGAUAUUGGAUAUGUUGAUGAUGAUGAUGAAAUCUACAUUAUUGAUAGACUGAAAGAGCUAAUCAAAUAUAAGGGAUUUCAAGUAGCUCCUGCAGAGCUUGAAGCACUGCUCAUCACCCACCCAAAGAUUGCUAGCGCAGCCGUUGUCUCGUUGAAAGAUGAUUUAUGUGGAGAACUUCCAGUUGCAUUUGUAGUGUUGUCAAAUGGUUAUGAAAUUACAGAGGAUGAAAUCAAAAAAUAUGUUUCAAAACAGGUGGUUUUCUACAAGAGGAUACACAAGGUUUUCUUUGUGAAGGCUAUUCCAAAGUCGCCAUCAGGCAAGAUAUUGAGGAAGGAUCUGAGGGCAAGAUUGGCGGAACUUGCACUGAAUGGUCAGACAUAGUCAUUGUUAUCUUGUUAUCAGUUUGAAACGUUGUUUAAAUCACCCUUAAGAUAUACCUGAAUGAGUAGAGGGAGAAAGGAGUCGGAAUUCAGCUUCUAUGAAAUCAGGAAUUUGUAUUUGCAAAUAUCAAAUAGCUAAAAAAGUUUUAAAUUUGGUGGUACACAUGCUUUGGUUUGUAUUUGAAAUGUUUUCCUCUUUUUUUUGUUUUUUUUUUUUGGUUUUGAAGAUAUGUAUUUAUGGUGCUAUAUUAAUGGACAUUAGAUACUUGAUUA